AACCACUUUCACUCUUUAACAUUCACUGCAUCCAUCGCCAACGCGCGCAUCGUCUUUCACCAUUCCAGUUCUAAACCUCAUCUUCCAAACUGAAGAGGUCUUCGCAACGACAGCGUCAGCAUCUAUCAACCCACAAACUUGCGUUGACGCGUGUUCAGACCGAGUUCAACCUUUGCGGAGGCUGUCUCGACAGGUAUCACAGUCAACAUGCAGCCUACGCGCAGACAUACCCGUUCUCAACCCCUGUCUCCAGGAGGCUUUCUAUCUCUUGAAACCGUCACACCUAGCAGACGAAAGAGAGCGACUCGCAACGCGUCACAAACUACUUCAGAGACACCUACCCAUUUAGAGACUCAUAAAGAACCGACUUCGUCUACCCAUCCCGUGACUAGGUCGAGAUUGAACACCCAGCCUGCUACAAAUGACGAGAGUGAACCUACCACUCAGUCGAAGAAGACCACGCGAAACGCAAAGGGCAAGACUGGAACUAGGCGGUCUACCCGCAAAACGAAAGCUAAAGCGACGGAGGCAGAAACCAUAGACACUGCCGAGUCCGCAAACUCUGAAACGCCCGAGCUGUCCUCAUUUGACAGCAACGUCGAUGAAACCGACCACAGAGUCGAAAGUAAUGCUGAUAGAGAGAUUGGCACUAAGGCUACUCGGGAACAGGCAAAGUUGCCCGAGUCAGCUGAAGUGAAGGAUGUUGGCACGUCCACAUCCCAGAGUAGUAAAAAGACUAGGACCCGGAAGAAGGGCUCAAAGAAACGCUCCCAUUGCGAGACCAGCGAUGACGAACAAACGAAAACGAAAACAAACCCCAAUAAGCGUCGCAACCUAGGUGCUGCCAGAGGUGCUUCGCACACUGGGAUAUCCCCGGCCUCUCGCCGAAUCCUAAAUAACCCUGUACCCUAUUCGGAACGCCUUCGCCGAAGGACUGUCGAAAGCCGUCAGGGCCGCAUUCGUAGGACGAUAUUUCGUCUUCCCCAGGUCGUUGCUCAGGCAGAGGCUGAUCGGCUGACAUCUCCAACAGAGGAGAGCGAAGGGUCUUCUCGAACAGAGAUGCCAUCGACAGCUUCCCAGGAUGUGUCGGAUGAGAAGGAACAUGCGAUUGAGUCUGCUCCCCAAAGUACCUCUCAUCCUCAGACAGCUGAAGCACUUCAGACACCUUCCAAGCGCUGGAGUAUUCGUGGAUUGAUUGGUUCCGUUCCUCGUUCCUUUGCUCGCAUACUGCCCGGUUGGGGCGCCGGCGAUCACAGCCCCAAAGAACCUGAAACCCCACGACCCUCUUCUGAACGCAUUACUCGUACAACGCUACCAGAUGUCCCAUCUAUUAGCGAGGGCAAGGUCAGACAGCCCCUUUUUUCGACCCAGCAGCCUAUUACAACGGAAGAGAAACAAGAUGAUACACCUCGCGAUCUGUCGUACUCGCUGUUCCCACCGCCUAUUGAUCGUAGUCGGUUUCUUGGAACCACUUCAGAUGCUCCCAAGUCCAGUGCGCCAAUGGACGAGCAAUCUACUGCAAACACUUCGGUGUCGAAUAAGAGACGUGCUUCUGGACCCAACCCGGCCGUUGUGGAAGAGUCAGACUCUACGGAGGAUUUGUCUCAACGGAAGACCGAAACCCCUCGAAUUAAGAAACGUAAGCGUUCUCCAACGCCUGAAAUCAUCCCGAAUCCCCCGGGAGUGAGCUACGGGAUGGAUAUGCGAUAUUUCACUUAUUCCAGCUCCGAAAGUGAGGAUGAGUCGGAAGAGAUCUCUCCGCCUGCUAAACGCACUCGUGGAAAUGACACCGCUGUAAUGCAUAAUAUGCGCAGUGCUAUUCGAUCAGAAACUGGCCCUUCGAAGAAGGUCCGCUUUGACGCAAGUCCGGAGAAUACCCCUUCCAAAACUCGCGCCAAAGCCCGUGCAACGGACCCCUACCGAGGAAGACAGUUUGUUGGUAUGGGCGGUGAUUCUAAUGUCUCGACGCCACCUCGGAUUCCGGCCACCUAUGGGGACUUUCCUCGACGCCCUGGUUUCGUGUUCAACACCGAAGGCACAUACGGAUUCGAUUACUCGGAUGAUUCAGAGUCUGAUGAGGAAACGACCUCAUACAGCGUUGCCGCACCUAGUGAUGCUCCUACUGUGAAUGUUGAGAGCGAGAGUCAGGAUCACGAGCCUAAAGAAUUGCCGCCUCCCGCUCCUACUCCUCGCCAUGCUUCUCUUCCCCCAUCAACUCCUUCGAAGGUCGAUGAAGAGGCACUCGCUAAAGCACGCUCUCAAGCUGAGAAAUACAAACCAAAGACUCCCAGCGGACUUCGUAUGUCCAGCCGGUACUCUAGCCCUCUCACUGCGUCUCCAUUGGCCGCAUCUCCUAUGACUAUAUCUCCUGCGGCUAACCCUCCCGCGACUACUUCUGCCAUGACGGCUGCGUCUCCUGUGACCACCUCUUCUAUGACUGCUCCUACAACUACUUCCUCCGCGAUAGCCUCUGCGAUAACUGUGCCUGCUUCGACCACUUCUGUGACUACGUCACCCGCAAUCACCUCUCUCAUGGCUGCAUCUCCUUUGACUGCUUCUGUGACCGCGUCAACUAAUGUAUCUCUUUCACCCCUGGACGAUGCAUUCGGGACUGAUCGCUUUGCACGUGAUGCCAAAUGGCUCUACGAUCUUUGCCCGUCUGGGAAUCUUCAAGAGUUUCAGUGGCCAGAAAAGAAAAACGUGCAAGAAAGUUUGGAUUUGGAUGUUUCUACAGAUAUCUUGACCCAUGUGUUCGAUCAUUCGGAAGUCGACCAUACGUACAAUUUUUUCAAAAGCGCUUUCGAAGAGUUUACGGCAUCUUUGGCAUAGAUCAUAUCAGUCGCAUCAAUGGUCUGCCCGCACAUGCUUUCUUCUUCUGUGGAUGCUCUUUAAUGCAAACGUGCAACUAUACUUCUCUCGACAUCCAAAUCCAUGCUGAAUUCCUGCUCUUGUGUCAUUUUCAGCUUUUCUCAUGGAUCGCUUUGAUAUCUCUGCUCAGUUUCUUUUGGGUUACGGCUAUGGAAAAGUUUACAUGCUGUUGGUGUACUUUAUUGCUUUUAUCUUGCGCAGGGUCCUUGUCAUCUUGUUGUUAAUCAUGUUUUUAACAUUUCAACGUGCGCUGUUUGUGGCUCUGCUUGUAUUGACCGGAUUUGGCUGUUCCUCCCUCGUGUGGUUGACGGCCCCCUUCCUUGCAUGGCCCUUCUGUCGCCUGUUUGUUGAUCACGUGUCCUGUUCGUGUAUACUGUUUCUUUGGCGUGGCGCUUUGGCUUGGUGAUGGACUUUAUGGCUGUUCCCUAUGAUGGUUGACGGCCCCCUCCUUGCAUAGCCUGGUUCUUCUGUUGUUAGGUUGACGGGAUCUGGACUUCGGCUUCUUCGUUUGCAUUUCCCUGCUAGGGACCCGACAUUGUUUUCUGUGAUGUUUGAUGGUCCCAACUUGAUCAUGUUGCUAUGUACUUAGGUAGAUGAGUAUAUCUGCUCAUUCAGGGACCUCCCGUCCCGUUCAAGGACGGCGAAUGGGCCCGGUGAACCUGAUCUGUUUAUUUCACUCGUGCUCUUUGCAUAUGUCUGGUAUUUGUGCCCGAGCAGAGUGUAAGCCUGCCGCAUAAAGAUCUUAAUGAUCUUGCCCUGACGCCCCUGCUUGGCGCUGGUUUUGAUGAUUUUUCCUUGUUCUAGCUCUACCAUUGUCCAGUUUUAUUGUGCUGCUCUUCAAGGAAACAAUGGUAUAUCCAUGAUUCUUUGUUUAUGGCGUUGCCUCAAUGAAGGCCUCUUUCGUAGUCUUUAAAGUGAGCUCCAGAAAGACUACAAGAGAGAACACAGAGAGGCAUGUAUAUAAGAUCUUGGAUAGAUUCUCGGAUAUAUCAUCAUCAUAUAUGGUCAUGUUCUUUCUUUUUUCACUGCCUCUGUAACCUUACCAGUGAAUAUCUAGUUCCCAUCUCAUCCCAUCCCUUCUACCAGAUAUUUACCAAUAUAAUGUGCAAUUACAACUAGAAUAUAGGGACCUGUGAAAACGACGCUGAAAAUGAUAGCCUCUGGCGCCAGAAACGGCCGCCUUUCCACCCGUAACUUUGGACAGCGAGCUGCCGCUUGACCGCCCACUGCCCUGUACCACCCCCUAUUCUGCACCCAACAAGCACUGUUAGUCAUCCACCUCUCAUGCUGUUGACGCUCAACUUCAACAAUUGUUCCCCCAUUUCCACUAGUGACCAAAAUGACGCCAAAAAUGGCUCCCCUCUACAUGCAAACUACAUGCAAACCCAGUCCCUAUUCCUUUUUGACCAGCCUGAUCAAGAAGCUAUAAGAUGCUUCAUCUGCCCUCUCCUCUGGGGGUCUUUCAAUAACCUUCUCCUCACCCCACCUCUGCUGUCUUGAUCGACCUUAACACAUUUGAUUCCCAAGUCUUCUAUCACAGAAUCCAAACCUUGGACUUUGUCUCUAAAUUCUCCUCAUGGCACCUAUUGUCACGGAGCUCAAACUAGGAUUAAAUAGGAUGCUACUUAAUUAACUAGGCAGCUGUUUGAUAAGAACUUCGAACAUGGAGGAAGGAAAAGAGAAAGAAG